AUGGAGACGAGCAGAAGGCUGCGAGGAGGGAACCCUCGUUCUCAACCGCGCCCGCUGCCUCCUCCUUUGUCUUUGUCUACCGCUGCCCAAUCGCACCUGCCUCCAGACGGGUCGAAUGCCCAAUCGUCCCUGCCUCUGUCGAGACUGCAUGCCCCAUUGCCUGCGACUCCUCCGUUCGACCACUCGCACCUGCACUCGACCUACGAUGCUCCUUCCCCAUUGACGCCUUCACUGCCGUCACAUCCUGCCCAGUUGCGGCCCGAGUCGUGGCAGUCGGUCACCCAAGACUCUGUUCUGGACAACCUGCUGCUAUCGUUUGAUCGUAUGCCGGGCUCUGCUUCGGGCCCGCCUGAGCGUCGAUCAAACAUGCCAGACUUUGACAGCGACAACUUCGACACAGGCAGCUCCUCCUUCUCCCCGCCGCGAGCCUUCCAGCGCCUGCAACAACGCGUGCGAGGUCACACCUACUCGUCCUCUGCGUCGCACGACUCCGACACCAUCAGCAACACCUCGCAACUCACCGCACGUAUCCGCACCAACAGCCACUCCGAUUCACGUCCUUCUACCGUCCAGAGCGUCGACUACAGCCACGGUCACGUCCUCGGUACUACACGCAUCGGUGGACAGGACAAGUCCGACCCACGCAUCCAGGGCACUCCUGAAGUCGUGUCCAAUGGCAUUCUCGACCGCGGCCGUCCCAUCCCUAGCAUGUUUAGCACUUACGAAGUCCACUGUCCCGAGCCAAGAGUCCCCGGCGGACCAUCCAAGACAAACACAACAAAAGAGCAGGCCUCUACAAACAACAACAUCCCGCAGAGCAUCCGGGACCAAGCCUUGGAGUUUGUGCGACAGUCCAACAUGCGCGCCCAAUCGCCCUCCAACAUGCUCGACCANCCCCCGACCAAUUCCUCCGCGUCCAUAGCAUCCUCGCUUUCCAAACAAUCCUCUGCUCAAGAUGCCCCAAAGGAGCGCCCUGGCUUCUUUCGACGAGUCUUUGGCUCUUCCACACGUACCAAUUCCUUUCCAGAACAGCAGCGGCCCACUGUUGGAGACCUUUCGACCCAACGUGUUGAGAGUCCUGUACCAAACGUGCCUGCAAAGACCCAGGCCAAUCUACCCGACCCUCCUCAUAAUGUUGUCACCAAGAAGGCUUCCUUUUUCAGACGCCGUAAGAAGUCGAUAACUGAUGCUCCCCCGCCUCCGCCUUUGCCAAGUACUGCUUUGUCCGCUGCUCAUCUUCAAGAACACCCUGCACCUGUAAGUCCGGGUGCAAGCAGUCUCCGAAUGGUCAUGGAUCCUUAUCUCAGCGAUUCUGAUUGUCAGCUAAACAAGACUGACUCUGACUACUUCAAGCCCGUCGACACUCCUAUCAGCCAACCCACCAGGUCCAGCAUACUCAGCCAUGAAACAGACGAGUCCUCCGAACUCGACAUGUUCCACUCUGGAUACACUCCUCCACCUGAUGCCUCUAUACGAAGAGUGGGAAUAGAGCCGCUGGAACCACGACUAGGCGGGGCCGAUUCUGUGACUCCGAACGCUCAGCAAAAGCCCUUCACAAGUCCCAAGCUGGAUGAUAUGGAGCGUAAUUUUGGUGGAGUGGCCGAACGCCUACAAGUUGGAAACACACGUCCGGACUUGUUGCAGAGCAACUCAUUCUUGGUAGAUAACAGCGAUGCUGAUGACAGCAGAGCCCCUUCCAUUGUCUCUGCCCUCAGCGAAACAUAUCUUGGAGCUUCGGGCGCAUUCAGUCCUGUUUCACCGAUUGCGAAUUCGCCUAUGGCUACUCCCGUAGAGAGAUUUGUCACGUCCCCGACUUCUGAUACGGACAGAGAACCCCCAUCGCCCAGGUCACACUUCUUUGGAUAUAACCGGGAUAGUCUCGGCCUACCACUUGAAGGUAUCAGGGCGCCACAAAGUUACGUCGUUUCUAACGAUGAGAGCGGCCUGCCCUCGUUCCAAAUUGAUGGCAACACUGUUCGUCCAUCAGUCGAGGUCGCCCGAGGUAUGCUCGGUACCAUCGAUGAGCCGACAGCUGACGAGAGAGAACGCGCUCGUCAGAUCUAUCAAGGCGAGGAGCAACACAUGCUCAAAGAUGAGGCUGCUCCAUGGCUUGGUGACAAGAAUCCCGUCAGCGCUCGCACUCUUGCCGCGUACAUGGACCUUCAUGACUUUGCAAACCGCAACAUCCUCAGUGGCUUGCGCGCACUCUGCGAUAGACUCGUCUUGAAAGGAGAGAGCCAACAGGUUGAUCGCAUCCUCGAUGCCUUUUCUAGAAGAUGGGACGAAUGCAACCCUCACAACGGCUUCAAAGGGCCAGGUGUGGUACACGCCAUUUGCUAUGCGUUGCUAUUGCUCAACACCGAUCAACACAUGGCCGACAUCCAACACAAGAUGACACGAUCCGAGUUCAUCAAGAACACUAUGCCUGCCAUCAAAUCAGCCGCCGAGAGCGCAACCAUCAGACCAACCCGAUCCCAGAGACCUUCUUUGCCUUGGUCAGACACCACACCCAAGUCACCUGAAGAUGACGAUCGAGGUUCUGUUGAUUUCAGAAGAUCGACAAAGCGCCUCUCAUUCAGGCCCGGCAUGGGCAGGUUCGAAACCGACCCUGGUCCGAACGAGAAUGGAGAACUUGGCUCAAUGAGCCAUCUGGUCACCCGACCGUUCGAUGGUGCUGAGCACAAGUGGUUGACAGAAGUCGAGUCCGUACUCAAAGCAUUCUACAACUCCAUUGUUUCCUUGGCUCUUCCCUUGCACGGCUCUCAAAGUUCGAAAGAACACCCUGGCUCUUCUCAUAGCCCUGCAAAUCUCAGUGUUGCAGGAAACUUGAGACGUACUGGUUCGGUCAUAUCCAAAGCACCUUCUGAGGGCUUCUCCUACCGAAGCAAGCAGAGGAAUAACAGUGCUCUAUCAUCACACUGGAAUGCAGCCCAGAACAGAUCCAGACAGAAGAUAUACCCUGCCUCAACUGUUGGCUCAACUCGAACCUCGAUCGACGACGGCCGUUCUGUCUGGAGCCCGUCUGCACAGAGCAGCAUGUGGAGCAAGAUAUCCAUGGGCAGAACCCAGACUACCAUGAGUGUCGAGAGCUUCGCUGUUCAUCCGGACUUCAAGCAGAGCCUAGGUUUCACAAAUGCAUUGUCGCAAGCAAUCAUCCGAGAGGAGGGUGCAGGUGAUACUGAGUCUGUUAUGAAGAUUGGCACUGUGCUCGAAGAUGAAAGUCUGGAGCUGGCCGGUGCGCCUUGGGCAAAAGAAGGCAUGGUUAAGCACAAACACCACCUGGAUGGCCCCGAGAAGAAAGCAAAGGAGCGCAGCUGGAGUGAGACCUUUGCUGUGGUCGAGAAAGGAUAUUUGCAUCUUUUCAACUUCAACCGAACCACGACCAAGAUCAGCGACAUGCGUAGCACCAAGCGCCAUCUACCUAAGUCGGGUAAGGCUGCCGGUGCAGCACCGUCUGUCGUUGGCGGCGGCAAUUGGACCGACAAUGCGGACGAAACUGAUCAGUUCCUUCUGAGGCAGUCUCUCGCGACUCUCCUACCACACCCGGGCUAUAGUAAGACUCGUCCGCAUGUUUGGGCACUGAGCCUGCCGACUGGUGCCGUUCAUUUGUUCAACGUUGGUACCGCCGAGAUUGCGGAAGAAUUUGUCUCCACCGUCAACUACUGGUCUGCGCGUUUGAGCAAAGAGCCUCUAGUGGGUGGUGUUGACAAUAUCGAAUAUGGAUGGAGUGAGAAUAUUAUCAACCCUGCUCUCGUUGGUAACGACAAUGGAGAACCUCUUACCAAACCCCAGUCCAGAGCUGCAGGAAAUCACGCACACUCAGCUUCUGUCAAUAGUGUUGGCAAACAGAGCAUGCAGUCAACUGUCCGUGGAUCCUUCGACCAGACUUUUGGAUCGAGAUCCAGAUUACCUGGCGAUCGCGCCCAUAUCGCUGACUGGAAGCCUCCUGCAGCAUCAAUGUUGCCGUCGCAAUUGCUCGAAAUCGAUCAACUUCGCAGUCUAAAAGCGUAUGUUGCUUCUGUAGAAACUGAACUCGAGCGUCACAACGAGCUGCGAAGUGCCGUGAACCUUGCCUACACCAACCAUUACGGCCAGAACUGGAACAAGGUCACCGGCAACUGGGAGAAGAAAAGCGCUUACCUUCUUCGAGAAGUUGUAAAGUUCAGAACUUAUAUCGAAGCUCUUGAGCGAGCGUGUCGCGCCAAAGAAAAUGUCUAUGAAGAACGACAUGCUCGCGAACAAGAGAGAGCUGCACUUGGCUCCAAGGAUGGAAAGAAGGAGAAUGUCAAAGCGUGA